UAAGCUCUAGAGAAGUACGUAUGGGCACGACCAAAGAAGCACAGGAGAGAACUGACAGCAUGUAAAAAGUUCAAGAAUCCCCCAGUCCUAUUGAAGGGAAACUUUCCAUUUACUGAAAGAGAACACUGAAAAAAAUAACUUGGACUGAAUUCCUUGUGGAGUUUACACAAGUUAUCUGUGUACCUUGAUGUUGAAAGACAGUAGCAAAAACUGCAGCUACAGGUGGGAAAGGAAGAUCAGUCUGAAAAAGCAGUUGUUGAGAAGAGAACCUAGAGAAGAGGAGAACUCAGUGUCAGCUGUUACAGGCGCUGGAUUUACCUCCUGGAACCUGAAGAUGACUUUGCUGAGAUGUAUCAUCAUUUAUCUCACCUGGGCUUAUUCAGCUAAUGGAGAAGUGCCAGUAUGCAGGGCACCACCUGAGAUUGAUUUUGGUGAAAUUCUUAGCAGUGAGAAGUCAAAAUAUGUGAAAAGUGACAGAGUACAGUACAGCUGCAAUGUUGGAUACACAUUGGCUGGAUCUGAAUGGAUAACGUGUGAUGGGAGAAGCUGGACAGCACCUCCAAAAUGUUUGGCCCCAUGCACUAUCACAAAACAACACCUUGCGGAUAAAAAUCUGUUUCUGAGCAGUGGACGAAGGCAUGCAACAGUCAUUCGAAGUGGCCAAACUAUGGAAUUUUCUUGUGCUGAUGGCUAUAACUUUACAGGCCCAUCUGUCAGACAAUGUAUUGAUGGACACAUAGAUUUCCCAUUGUGUGUUUCUGAGACAGGACAGAAAUGUGGUCGUCCACCAGUUAUUGCUAAUGGUGAUAUAACUACUUUUUCAAAAAAACAAUAUGCUUCAGGAUCCUCUGUAGAGUACAAAUGCCAGCAUUUUUAUACACUGCAAGGGAAAAAUACAAUUUUUUGCAUCAAUGGAGACUGGACCAAACCACCAUUUUGUAUGGAGCCAUGUAUUAUCAGCGUGGAAGAAAUGCAAAAUCAUGGAAUUGAGCUGAAUGAGCGAUCAAAGGGAAAACGAUAUGUUAAACAUGAUGACUUUAUUGAGUUUAAGUGCCAGUCAGGAUACACACUUCAGGAUGGGUUAUCCCUUCCAGAUUUUACUGUGCAGUGCAAUUCAGGCAACAUCGUGUAUCCUCAGUGUGAUAAAGAUACAUUCAGCUGUGGUCCUCCACCUUCUGUUCAAAAUGGAGACCUCAUUUCUGACCGACUAAUAGCGUAUUCAUCAGGCUCUUCAGUAGAAUACAAAUGCAGAAUGUUUUAUACAAUGACUGGAUCCAGAACAGUGACGUGUAACCUGGGAAGGUGGACAGCCCCACCUCUAUGUUUAGAAAAAGCAUGUCGGCAGCCACAACCCAUAGAAAAUGGAGAGAUUCUCAGCGUAGAAAAUCAGACUCUACGAAGGGAGCUGUUGGGAGCGGUGAUUUACAUGAAUGGUGCUAAAUUAAAGUUCACUUGUCAUGCUGGCUUUUUGUUACGUGGAACAUCAGAGAUAACUUGUAAUAAGGGAAUAUGGACCUCUGCUCCAACAUGCAUUGAAAUGCCAUGCGGAAGUGUUCCCAACAUUCUUAAUGGUUUCCCAGAAGGCAGACUAAAGGAUCAUUAUAAGCCUGGUGAAACAGUACAUUACCAGUGUCAAGAAGGUUUUAAUAUUACCGGAACACCAAACAUUAUAUGUAAGGCAGGGAAUUGGACCAAAUCACCUACAUGCGAAGAUGCAUGUAAAGCAUCCCCAGAGAUUAUGAAGAAAAAUAAUAUACAACUAAGAUGGAAGAGUAAAGACAAAUUAACGCCUAACUCUGAAGACUUUAUUGAAUUUUACUGUAAACUUGGAUAUGUGCGUGAUCCAACAUCUUCUGAAUUUAGAGUGCAGUGUUUAGAAGGGAGACUGCAAUAUCCCAAAUGUAUUAGGAGGUCUGAAAUGUCAUGUGGAAGGGUACCUGCCAUCUCCAAUGCCAUCAUAGAAGGCAGAGAGAAGGAAAGCUAUCACCCUGGUGAAACAGUGCUUUAUCAAUGCCAGUCAAAUUUUAGAAUUGUUGGGUCACCAACUGUAACAUGCAACAGAGGACUGUGGACCAAGCUACCUGAAUGCAAAAGCACAAUGUGUGGAGGUCCACCCGUAGUUGCUAAUGCCAAUGUUGUAGGAAAGAGGAACCAGAGGUAUCAGACUGGUGAACGAGUACAGUAUGAGUGUCAGGAACAUUUUGAAAUCAUGCCAUCAAGUUACAUAGUUUGUGCAAAUGGAGAAUGGUCACAACCUCCAGUUUGUAAAGCUACGACAUGUGGCCCUGCACCAGUGAUUGCAAAUGGUGGGAUUAUGGGUUUUGGAAAGCAAAGAUAUUUUCCUGGUGAGAGAGUGCGCUAUCGAUGCCAUGACGGUCUGAGUCUUAUCGGGCUACAGAUAAUAACUUGUAAGGAUGGGAUAUGGUCACAACCACCAGAAUGCAAAGAGGCUUCUGGAAAAUGUGGAACUCCCCCUCCUAUUGAUAAUGGAGAUAUCACUUCUUUUCUGUUGAAAGAAUAUGAAUCAGAUUCUCAAGUAGAAUAUAAAUGUCAACAUUUCUACGUAAUGGAGGGAAAUAACAUUCUUACAUGCGUCUUAGGCCAGUGGACAGACCCACCAAUUUGUUUAGAGCCCUGUACAGUAUCUGAAGAAGAGAUGGAGAAAAAUAAUAUUGUGCUGAGUGGGGAAAAGAAAUUGUAUUCUUUAGCUGGAGAAGCUAUUGAAUUUGAAUGUAAAACUGGAUACAAGAGGGAUCCAACAUCUCCUGCACUUAGAGCACAGUGUUUCGAGGGGAAAUUGCAAUAUCCUAGAUGUAAAAUGGGCUCUUGAACAGAAUAAAAGACCCAUCUCAAAACUAUUUUAACCAGUAUCUGAUAAGCAAACCAUUAAUCAAUUAUUUGUAGCAUUCAUAGAGUCAUAAAGAAAUAGGACUGGAAGGGACCUCAAGAGGUCAUGUAGUCCAGUCCCAUGCCUGAGGCAGGAU